CUUUGAGACACUGGUGUGUUUGCUCUUUUUAUAUCAUGACUUGAAGCCAUGGGUGCUGCAUUGGUCACAGCGGCGCUGCUGACCUCUGCCCUAUCUGAAGAGUUGUAUUUCCUGGGCCAGCGCGAGGGCGAUCUCCACUGCCUGGGAAGUUGCAGCAGUUGCCAUGAUGCCCUCCAGCAGCUGCCACGUGGCCGCUUCGAGGCUGCUUCCCGGCACACGGAUCUGUCGCUGCGCACGGCUGAAGAGGUUCAGCAAUGGCUCAGUGCGCCAGAGGUUUGCGACCUCCUGCUGAUGUUCCCGGUGGACAUCCAGCGGGAGGCUUGGAGCCUGGCGGCGCUGCCCAGCGAGGAGUACCUGUCCUAUCGUGGUGCGACGCAGGAGACUCGACGCGUGGUCGAGCAGUGUGAAGCACUACAACUCCUCUCCAUCUUCACGUGGCAAGGCGCUGUACGAGCUCCAGACCUUUGUUCUGACACGGAGGAGCCUCAAAGCUGCUUCCUGCGGGCGCGGGAGACGGCGCUUGCGGCGCUCCAGCGACGUUGGAAGGAGCUGAGCCGGGCCCACACUGAAAGGCUGAGAUCAAACGUCUUGGAGGUGGUUCUGGGACGGAAUGAUAGUGUUCUGGCACUCUUGGGCAGAGCAAACCUCGCUUUGGCACAGGCGCAGGAGAAGCAAAGUUCCGAGGGCAAAACUUCCCUCGUCUUCUUGGCAUCUGGGGCCAGCGAGAGAGUUCUGUCAGAGCUGGCAUUGGAGCUUGGAAGGACCGCUCGGUUGGUGGUCGAGCAUUCGCGCACCGUGUGGGGCUUGAAGCAGUUGGUCUUGGAGCUCUCAGGGGUUUAUCCGAACAUUCAGAGCCAGUUGCCCACUUACCGCAUCCAGCCUUUCUAUGGCAGGCCAAGGGGUUUGUUUCGAUGAGAAGGAGACCUCAAUAGCGUGCUUGGGAUGGGCCAGAUUGACAUGAACACGGGGAAAAGUUUUUGAAUAUGUACAGCACACUAGACUCUAGACUCUAGACUAUCUACAGUAUGCAGUACAUUGGCUCGUUGCGAGCCCUUCCUUCUGCAUAUGUGCAGUAAGUAUGUGAAUAUGCGCAGUACAAUGUUGAAUAUGUCAAGACUGGUUUCCCUUUGCCUGGCUAAUUUCUGCUUGGGAAGGUCCGAAACGAACCCAAGAACGCACUCAAUGAAGGCAUUUCCAGUGGUCGCCUCUGGACCUCUGGAGGCACUUCGAUGUUUUGGAGGCGCUUUUGUCCAGCCUUGAGGAGGACAAGGCCGACUUGGGCAGUGAAGGACCAUCCGGCAGAAAGCUACACGUAUGGUGGCUUCAGUGGCUUCGAUUUUUGCAGGACAUCGAAGAGUGAAUGUGGACAUCACAUUGGACAUCGGGCCAGAGCUUCGUAUGGCUGAGCUUGGAGUUGCUUGUGGUCCCAUUGGUGGCUCGAACAAUUCGGAAAUUAGGCAUGGAUGGAGGGUGCCACAGGUGCUUGGAUGAUCUGAUCUGCUUGGGAAAGUUCCAGAUGAUGCAGUCUGAUGUAAUUAGAGUCGCUGCAAGAUCCGGGUCGCUUAGUGAAAGCCAAUGUUUGCUGGCUGAAUAUGUUCUUGCAGCAAGGGAGGGG